AUGGUACCUUGUCAUCAGAAUUGCAGGAUGCCUCGUCGUUCUAAUAUUUGGUUUCUGACGCACCCUUCGGUCCAGACUAGUGUUGUCUUCUCCUCUUCUCAGGCUGUAGUGGUGGAUUGUUAUUGGCAGAACCGUAAUUUUCGCGUGGCUGUUAUUCAUGGUUCGAAUGAUGCUGGGGAGCGUCGUAUUUUGUGGGCUGAUUUACUCUCGGUUAUUUGCAGAAAUACUGUGUUUAUUGGGGAUUUUAAUGCGGUGAAAGGAUCUAAUGAGAGGAUUAGUUCGGUUCUCCCGUACAGGCGCGCUUGUCAGGACUUCUGUGAUUUCAUUGAAGCUUCUGGUUUUGGCGAGCCCACCACUUCUGGUCUGCGCUUCACUUGGUCGGGUCGUCGAUUUUUGCCUAGGCAUGUGGAAUCGGUGCUUGAUAGAGCACUGAUCUCUGAUGGGUUCGCGGAUAUGUGGGACUCCAUUAAUUCUCACGCUCUUCCUAGGAUUUCUUCGGACCACUCUCCGUUGGUGUUUCAAUGUAAGCUUGCCAUGCCUACUGGUAAGCGUCAUUUCAAGUUUCUCAAUAUGUGGGUUCUUCACCCGGAUUUUCAAAACAUGGUCGCUGAGUCGUGGAAUGAUAAUGUUGAUGCUCAUUGCCCUAUUUUUCGAGUUAUGUUUAAAUUGCGCCGUCUUCGUGGUGUGAUUCGCUCUUGGAAUAAGACGGUUUUUGGUAACGUCGAUACUGCCAUUCAUGAGUAUCAACAGGAUCUUUUAGAGAUUCAAACUCAUAUUGCUGAGUCGGGAUAUACGAAUGAUUUGUUUGAUGAGGAGGUGUCGGCUCAGGCUAAGAUUAAUGUGCUCCUUUCUAGAAAAAAUAGUAUGCUUCAGCAGAAAAGUCGUAUCAAUUGGCUUGUUGAUGGGGACCGGAAUACGACUUUUUUUCACAAUAUGAUUAAGUUCCGGAACCGGGGAUUUUCGAUUGGCCAUUUGAAAAUUGAUGGGGUGGUUGUGCAUGAUCCGGAGGUUAUCGAGGCGCAUGUUACGGAUUUUUUCUCGUCACUAUUUUCUGAGGAUAGACAGACUUCGGUGGAUCUUGCUGAGUUGGAGGCGAAUAUUGAUCCUUGGGUUUCAGAGUUGCAGAACCGCCAUCUCACGAGUAUCCCCCUUGAGGAUGAGAUUUCUGCUUCGGUGUUCAGUAUGGAUGCUAAUAGUUCUCCGGGUCCGGACGGAUUCUCUGGGCGCUUCUUUCAGAGCUGCUGGUCUACGAUUAAAGUGGAUAUCAUUGAUGCGGUUCUUCGUGCUAAUAACUUCCAUGAGAAUUUUAUUAGAUGGAUUUCUAUUAUCUUUUCUUCGGCUAGAAUUUCUAUUUUUUAUAAUGGGAAUCUUAGCGGAUACUUUGCUUGCUCUCGGGGUGUUCGACAAGGGGAUCCUUUGUCCCCCAUUCUGUUUGGCAUUGCGGAAGAUGUUCUCAGUCACCUUUUCAUCAAUUGUGUGAAUUCUCGUCAUCUUCAGCCGAUGAGCUUCAGUAGGGCGAGUAACUUCCCUACUCACUUGCUUUAUGCGGAUGAUAUCCUUAUUUUCUGUAAGGCUUCUCAGAAAAAUGCGCGUAAAAUCAAGGAGAUUCUUGAUUAUUAUGGGAGUUUGUCUGGUCAAGUUUGCAGCAUCGAGAAGUCUCAUGUCUUCUUUGGUUCGGGGGUUGCUGUUGUCAUGCGUCGUAAUAUUACCCGAGAACUUGGGUUUGCUGUGGGAUGCCUUCCUGUUACUUAUCUUGGCGUUCCAAUCUUUACGGGUCACUCUCGUGCUUCUUAUUUUACCAGCAUUUAUGACAGAAUUGUUCAGAAGUUUUCUCGCUGGAAUGGAUUGCAGCUCUCUAUCGCUGGAAGGCUCUGUCUGAUUCGUUCGGUUAUUCAGAGUUCUGUUAUUCAUUCGAUGAUGAUUUAUCGAUGGCCAAAAUCUCUUCUCCACAGCUUAGAUAAAAAGUGCCGGAAUUUCUUAUGGACAGGCAGGAUUGAUCAGCGACCUACCUGCCCUGUUGGUUGGUCUCGGGUUUGUGCUAUUCGCCAGGAAGGUGGCUUGGGGAUUAGAGAUUUCGGUAUCAUGAAUAAGAGUUUUAUGAUGAAGCUGGCUUGGAAGUGCAUUAAAGGGACUGACUUCGCGUUUUCCAUUAUUCGCACGAGGUACCUGACUGGUUUUGGGAAUGCUAAGUCUUCGCUGGUUUCUUCGCCGGUCUGGACUAGUAUUCGUGAGAAUGUGAGUGAGCUGGUGGACAAUUCAUAUUCCUUUAUUGGGGAUGGCUCUUCUACUUAUUUCUGGCUUGAUGAUUGGCUUGGUUAUAAGUUGGUGGAUAAGCUUCAGGUUCCGCACUUCAUGCAUGAAUUUCUCCAUCAAUCGGUGGCUGAUUAUUAUUUUGAGGGAGCUUGGCAUUUCGCUGAGGAUUUCUUUAUUCAGUUUCCAGACACGGUUUGUGAUAUUUUAUUAUUGCCUAUUGGGGAGAGUGAGGACUUGAGGUUCUGGAAACAUUCUGUUAUAGGUGAUGUUACGGCGGCUCUUGCCUAUUCUCGUAUCUGCCAUAGCUUUCCCAAAGUCCGUUGGGGAGAUUGGAUUUGGGAGAAUUAUAUCCCUGUGAGACGCUCGAUUGUUUGUUGGCGUAUAAUUCAGAGCCGCUUGCCGACCCUGGAUGUUCUCAUUCGUCAGGGUACCUUGGGACCCAAUCGGUGUUCUUUAUGUGGUGCUGCGGAGGAGACUAUAUCCCAUUUGUUUUGGGAAUGCUCGGUAGUGCGACCGAUCUGGAUGAAUUUUCUUGGUUGGUUUCAUCAGGGUGAUUCUGGGCAUGCACCGGAUAUUCAUAGCUUCCUGGUUUUGGCUUGGAAUGCUAAGUUCAGUUCUCAAGUGAACUCCUUUUGGAAGUUAGGUGUUUUGUCGAUUCUUUGGCGUAUCUGGGAGGGGAGGAACCGAGCUAUUUUCAAUGAUGAGAGUUUCGAUCCAAGGGCUGUGAUGAGCUUCGUUAAAGUGGCGUUUAAGGAGCUCGAUGCGUCAUCGUUUAAAAUCGGUUCGGUUUCGAAUUCUUGGCAGGAUUAUUUGAUCACCCGUAGUCUUGGUGUUGUUUCUCGUGCGUCUCCGCCUCCGUUAAUGAUUGAGGUGUAUUGGUGGCCUCCUGUUGGCCAGUGGAUCAAGGUCAAUACUGAUGGUUCGGCUGCGGGUUCGCCAGGUGCUAUUGCAGCUGGUGUGGUUUUUCGGGAUAAGUUUGGCUGGGUCCGUGGUUGCUUUCACUUGAAAGGUGGUCGUGGUUAUGCGUUUGAGGCUGAAUUACAUGCGGUUAUUACUGCGAUUGCGAUUGCUCAUGCUCGGGGUUGGAUGUUUCUUUGGAUUGAGGCGGAUUCCAUGUAUGUGGUAAAUCUGUUAAGCUCUCGUGCCCGGGAUGUUCCUUGGAGAUUUGUGGCGUCUUGGAACCGCACGCUGCAUCUUCUUACGGAUAUGCAGAUUAUGGUUUCUCACAUUUACCGGGAAGGUAAUUCUGCGGCUGAUAUUAUGGCUAAUCCUGAUAGGUCGGAAGGAUGGUGGCCUCAUGCGAUUGAUGAUGUCAGGAAGGCUGUUGCUUUGGAUAUGGCCACUCACAGUUUUGUUCGUGUUCGUGGUUGA